CAUUUUUUUGUUUUUUUUUAUCAGCAAAGAAAUGAAUUUUAUUGAUGCAAAAAUAUCGUAUACAUCAAUAGAAAGAUGGAUGCACAAGCAUCAUAGCAAGCAAUAUGAUCUCAACUAGGUUGACACCAUAGAACAAGUCCAAUCAUUUGCAACAUCACAUCGGGCUAGCGAGCAACCAGCCAAAGAAGGAAUACAACCCCAAAUAAACAAGAAAGCCAACUAAAACUCCCAAAAAUAGUAGCAGCAGCAGCCACAAAAUCAAAUUAACAAAUAGCAGCAGCAGCUACAGAGCCAAACCAGUAACCAAAACUGACAGCUCAGCCACAGGACCAAACUAGAAUUGAGAGUCACAGAGCCAAACCAGAUAGCAGCAGCAGAGCCAAAACACAGCCACAGAGCCAAAACAGAUAGCAACAGCAGCCACAGGACCAAACCAGAAUUGAGAGUCACCUGGAACAAAAUCUGACCUGAUGUAAAUUAAAGACAAUGUCAUUUACUGAGAAGGGCAACCCUGUGUAUGAUGCUUUGGUCCAUAAUGCAAUUCUCACUUUGACCAAUUCACAUAUCUCCUCCAAGCUAGAUUGGGCAUUAUUGAAAAUACAAUCAUUCCUUGAUUUCCACAUUGACCAUAAUACUGCAAACGGAAUAAUUCUCCAAAUCUUCUUCUCUAAUUUUUUUCAACUUUGUUCCUGACCACCAAUGUAACAGCUCAUCUACUGAUUUUAAUAUCACCCAUUGAAUACCCCACCAUUUCAUAAUUUUGGACCAUACGACAUCACAUCUCAUACGACAGCAAAGGCUACGUACCCUCUCCUCCUUCAAUGUUCUCAAACAUUUAUAGUAGAAAUCCCAUUCCCACCCCUCUUUCACACACACCCCCAAAUUCUAUUUAAAUUCACCAACAACUGAGAUAAAAAGAUAACAAAUCUCUUAGUAUAUUCUAUUGUGAAGGGUUACCAUUUUGGACUUAUAGAAAAUGAAAAAAGUUCUUCACCACCACCUUCUCUCUCUCCUCCUCUUCAUUUUCUCUUUCACAACUGAUUCCAAGUCUGUGAUUGAACCUUGCUACUCUUCAGAUUCAUGCCCUUCUCUCCUCUCUUAUAGACUGCCUUGGGACUCGAAACUCUCCGAGGUCGCAUUUAUAUUCCAACUAAACAUUUCUGAUAUCUUAGGUUCCAACAACAUUGAUGCCAUGGUACCAUGGUCCUCGAACCAAAUUCUUCCUGCCAGAUCCCUCGUUAAAGUGCCCACUUCGUGCCAAUGUGUCAAUGGCAUACGUCGGUCAGUUUCAACCAUUUACACCGUUCGAGCAUCAGAUACUUGGAACUCUAUAGCGAAAGGCUAUGGUGAGCUUGUUAGCGCAGAGCAGAUAAGAAUUAGUAAUGUGGAGGUGCCAUUGACAAGUGGACAGAGACUUGUCAUUCCUCUACCGUGCAUGUGCUUGAACAACACCGAUGGUGAAGGUGGAGCGGCAGUGUAUAUGUCGUAUGUGGUGGAGAUUGGGGAGAACUUGAGCAGCAUUGGAGAUGAGUUUGGGACUACUGUUCAUGAACUGGAAGGUGUCAAUGGUUUUGAUCAAUCUCAAGUCAGUCCAGGAGAUGUACUAGCCAUUCCAAUACCCGCAUGUUCAUCAGCAAAUUUAAGAUGGUACAAUGAGAGUCUCGUUCUUCCAAAUGGGUCCUACACUCUCACAGCCAAUAACUGUGUCAAAUGCAGCUGUGACCAACACAGUGAUCUCAGCUUGCAAUGUUCACCAUCAGGGAUUGAGCAAUCUUGCCCUAAUUUACAGUGCAAAGGUUCCAAUCUUUUCAUUGGCGACGCUUAUGAGAGGCCAACAACAUUUGGUUGCAGUGUCAAUGAAUGUGUUUACCGUGGCCAUUUCAAGCAUAAAAUUUACAAGAGCUUAGUUAACUCUUCUUACAUUCACUGCUCAGGCAAUAUGAUUCACACCAUAGCUUCACCAGCUUCUUCACCAUCUCCUUACCCAUCUUCAUCUACUGAUAUGCCUAUGGUGAUUGAUCCAUCUAAUCCUACAAGCAGUUCUAUGAACAGAAGUUGCUAAUAAGUCCAGCUAUACGUUUCUGUUUAUUUCUUUUGGAGAUUUCUCUUCCUUUUAUCUUCUGAUCAAAAAAGUAAAUAAAAAAAAAUGUUCUUGACUAUCUAUGUAUUAUUGUAAUUUGUAAAACUCUUAUUGGUUAUAGUGUGCACAACAGUGAUUUUCAACUUA